GCUCGGAGGUAUGGGUGUGCAAGUGCGUGAAGGCGGGCGUGCUGCAGAGUGAGAGGGUAGCGGAUGUGAGUGUGUGCGUGUGUGCGCGCGUGGCUCCGAGUGUGCGCCGCUGGGAUCGCGAUGGGUCCGGGGCGGGCGGCAGGGCGGGCUGGGAGAUCUCCUCCCCCCACCACAUUGAGAAAUCUCAGUGAGUCACCGAGUGGUUCUGCAUAUUAAUGAGCUCGCUCUCCGAGAGGGCAGGAGCGAAUUUAAAAGAGGCCAGGGUGGGCGGAGGGAAGCUGUGGGGAGACCGCAGCACCCAGCGCCAAGCGCAGCGCAGCACCGCGACAGACGGCAGGAGCACCCAUCGACGGGCGCAGCCGGAGCGAGCCGAGCAGAGAGAGGCGUGCUUGAAACCGAGAACCGAACCGGGCGGCAUCCCCCGGCCGCCGCACGAACAGGCCGGCGCCCUCCUCGUCUCCCUGCUCCCCGUCGCGCCCCUCCGGCCAACAUGAGGCUCCUGGCGGCCGCGCUGUUCCUGCUGCUCCUGGCGCUGUGCGCCUCGCGAGUGGACGGGUCCAAGUGUAAGUGUUCCCGGAAGGGGCCCAAGAUCCGCUACAGCGACGUGAAGAAGCUGGAAAUGAAGCCAAAGUACCCACACUGCGAGGAGAAGAUGGUUAUCAUAACCACCAAGAGCAUGUCCAGGUACCGGGGCCAGGAGCACUGCCUGCAUCCUAAGCUGCAGAGCACCAAACGCUUCAUCAAAUGGUACAACGCCUGGAACGAGAAGCGCAGGGUCUACGAAGAAUAAGGUGGAAGAUCUCGGAAAGAAAAACUCCAGGCCAGUUGAGAGACUUCAGCGGAGGACUUUGCAGAUUAAAAUAAAAGCCCUUUCUUUCUCACAAGCAUAAGACACAUUAUAUAUUGUUAUGAAGCUCUUCUUACCCGGGUCAGUUUUUACAUUUUAUAGCUGUGUGUGAAAGGCUUCCAGAUGUGAGAUCCAGCUCUCCUGCGCACCAGACUUCAUUACAAGUGGCUUCUUGCCGGGGGAGGGGAGGUCGGGGAGGGGGGGAACCCCAAGCCUUUUCUUUUUAAAAUAAGGGGUUUUGUAUCUGUCCAUACGUCACCACACAUCUGAGCUUUAUAAGCGCCUGGAAGGAACAAUGAGCAGGGCUGGGGCAAUUCACUGUGCUGUCGCUCUGGUCCAGGCUUGGAAGCUUCCGCUCAGAGAGCCUGGCGCCUCUGCACAGCUGCCAUGGACUCUCCUGGGCUUAUGACUGGUCAGAGUUUCAGUGUGACUCCACAGUGGCCCCUGUUGCAGGGCAAUUGGAAGCAGGUCCUUCUACAUCUGUGCCUAGAAGAACUCAGUCUAGUUACCAGAACGACCUUCGUCUCCACCCCAUCCCCCACAUCCCAGCUCAUUCUCCUGUCACCACCAGGCAAGUGAUCCUUAAAGGAGCUGGGUCUUUCUUGCAACCUGAGGGUUUCUGAGAGGUUCGCUUGCUCGCUGCUUUGGUAGAGGAUACUUUUGAAGCAUCCAAAGUCCCCAGCAGUGUGAGAAAACAAUGUACGGAGGGAAAGGGAAGAUUCAGAAUUAGAUGCAUGACACACAGCCAGAGCGACACAUCCUAUUGUCAAGGGGAACUCCCUCCCCCUUCCCCUCCCCCCCCAGCUUUGUUUCUUUCCCUCACCCCAACAGAAAGCACACAGCCCCUCGGUGCAUAUACAAACAGCACAGUCUUCUUUCGGAGUUAGGAUGAUCCUAUGUACAUAUUGCCUUCAGUCCCUGCCCCCUGUCGCACACUGCCCCUUGGUAGGAGGUGGCACUGUCCGGCUGUGUAUCUGCUAUGUAAAUGCUGAGACCGUGAGUGUUGCAUGCAGGUUUCAUGUUCUUUCUAAGAUGAAAAAGAAAGUAAUAAAAUAUAUUUGAAGUUACCAAAA